UGUGGUCUGAUGUCAGUUGCAAAAGAGGAAGCUGUCGCCUGUUGCAGUUUCGCAGCCGCCGAGAAGGGUGCUGCUGGUGGCAGUGGAAAGCGGCCCCAGCACAGCACCCAGGAGCAGCCCCUUGGGUGUUGGUGAGAAUGGAGCUGUGGAAGCAAUGCGCCCGCUGGCUUAUCCAGUGCCGGGUGCUGCCCCCCAACCACAGAGUGACCUGGGAGGGUGCCCAGGUCUGCGACUUGGCCCAAGCCUUGCGCGAUGGCGUCCUACUCUGCCAGCUCCUCAACAACCUCACGGCUCAUGCUGUCAAUUUGCGGGAGAUCAACUUGCGCCCCCAAAUGUCCCAGUUCCUGUGCCUCAAGAACAUCCGAACCUUCCUCGCUGCAUGCUGUGAGAAGUUUGGUCUGCGCAAGAGCGAGUUGUUCGAGGUCUUCGACUUGUUUGACGUCAGGGAUUUUGCAAAGGUGAUUGACACCUUAUCAAUACUUUCGUGGACACAGAUUGCUCAGAACAAAGGGUUUGUGCCUUUCCCUACAGAGGACAGCAUCGCUGAUGAUGAUAUAUACAGUGGCUUAUCGGAUCAGAUUGAUGACACCAUGGAGGAAGAUGAUGACCUCUAUGAUUGUGUGGAAAAUGAGGAGGCCGAAGGAGAUGACAUCUACGAGGAUCUGAUGAGGUCAGAGCCAAGUGUCAUGCCGCAGCGGAUGACUGAACUGGACAAGAGGAAAUGUUGCCUUCAGGAGAUCCAACAGACAGAGGAGAAAUACACAAGCACACUAGAAUCUAUCCACCAGCAUUUCAUGAAACCUCUGCAGCUGUUUCUGCAACCACAGGACCUGGAGAAUAUUUUUAUUAACAUUGAGGAACUUUUGAAAGUUCAUCGGUGCUUUCUGGUGGAUCUGAAGAACGCCCUAUUUUUUAGCAACUCUCAGAACCUUUACCAGGUGUUCAUCAAGUACAAGGAGAGGUUCUUGCUCUAUGGUCGGUACUGCAGCCAGGUGGAAUCCGCCACAAAGCACUUAGACCAGGUGGCCAAUACCAGUGUGGAUGUACGCAUGAGACUGGAGGAAUGUUCGCAACGAGCCAAUAAUGGCCGGUUCAGCCUGCGAGAUCUCCUCAUGGUACCCAUGCAACGGGUACUGAAAUAUCAUCUGCUUCUGCAGGAGCUGACCAAAUACACAGUGGACCCAACAGAAAAGGAGAAUCUGCGGCUUGCGCUAGAUGCUAUGCGGGAUCUGGCUCAAUGUGUGAAUGAAGUCAAGAGGGACAAUGAAACACUGAAACAAAUCACUAAUUUCCAGCUCUCCAUUGAGAACUUGACACAAUCCCUGGCUCACUUUGGGAGGCCGAAGAUUGACGGGGAGCUCAAGAUCAUCAGCGGAGAGAAGCGCUCAAAAAUAGACAGGUAUGCUUUCCUCCUGGACAAAGCCCUGCUAAUCUGCAAGCGGAAAGGAGAUUCAUACGAUAUGAAGAAAUUUGUCGAUCUGUCCAGCUACCAGAUCCGAGAUGACUCUUCUGUAGAGAAAGACAACAAGAAGUGGACUCACAUGUUUGUCCUAAUCGAGCUUAAUGGUUCCUCGGGCUUCGAACUGUACUUUAAGACGCGGGAGCUGAAGAAGAAAUGGAUGGAACAAUUUGAAAUGGCCCUCUCCAAUAUCUACCCUGAAAAUGCUACAGCAAAUAGACACGAGUUCCAGAUGUACUCCUUUGAGGAUACCACCUCCUGCAAAGCCUGCCAGAUGCUGCUGAGAGGAACCUUCUAUCAGGGCUAUCGCUGCAGCAGAUGCCGGGCACCUGCUCACAAGGAAUGUCUGGGGCGGGUGUCACCGUGUGGAAAGUCCAGCUCAGGUAAAGAGUCUGGAUCUACCAUGAAAAAGAAUAAAUCCAAUCGACAUACGCUGGAGAGCGAUAAAGCUGCUCUAGGGCUGCCCAAAUUGGAGGUCUGCCAGGAGUAUUAUGGUGUUCCUCCACCUCCUGUGGCAUUUGGUCCACCACUGAAGCUCAACGUGGGGGAUAUUGUGGAGCUAAACAGAGCUGAGGCCGAGCAGCUGUGGUGGCAGGGAAGGAACACAUCCAGCAAUGACAUUGGCUGGUUUCCUUGCAAGAAAGUGAAGCCUUAUGUCUGUGCAAUACAAAAGCAGGGCGGUAUGAGCUGUGGACAAUAUAGAAAAGAACACAACCUCAAAUCUCAUCUUGACAAUAGGAAUGCUACAUGGGAGAUUCAAAUUCCUCCUCCAGAUCUGUCAGUCUUUCAUUGGUAUGCAGGGCCCAUGGAGCGGGCAGAAGCAGAGCAGACCCUUGCCAGUCAUUCAGAUGGGACUUUCCUAGUGCGGCAGAGAAUCAAGGAUGCAACUGAAUUUGCCAUCAGCAUCAAGUUCAACGCUGAAGUCAAGCACAUCAAAAUACAGACCAAGGAGGGUUUGUAUCGCAUCACAGAGAAGAAAGCCUUCAAAGGACUUAUAGAGCUGGUACAGUUUUACCAAGAGAACUCCCUGAAGGAUUGCUUCAAGACCCUCGAUACUGUGCUACAGUUCUCCUUCAAAGAGCCUGGGAACAGAACAGUGCCCAGAGCCUCUGGCAAAAGCUGCAAGUACUUUGGUUCAGCUAAGGCUCGCUACAAUUUCUGUGCAAGAGACCGGACGGAACUGUCCCUCACAGAGGGAGACAUCAUAAAGAUUCUCAACAAGAAAGGGCAGCCAGGAUGGUGGAAGGGAGAGGUCUAUGGCCGGGUUGGCUGGUUCCCAGCAAACUACGUGGAGGAAGAUUAUUCAGAGUAUUGCUGAUGGCACACCCAGUUGGGUGCAUUGAAGGAUUCUUUUGCAGCACAUACCGGGACAACCACAGAAUCAUUUUCCUGUAGCCACCGCUGUGCAAAAACUAUUAUUUAUGAACUCUCUUUAAUUGCCCUCACAUUGGUUUCUGACCUUCACUGUAUGUUCUUAAUGUCAAAUAAACUGGGUGAGAACCUGGUUGUAACUACCAAAGAGCAAACCUCAUCAUCAAAAUCAUGUGUGAAAAAAUAAAACUACAACA